CUAAAGAGCUCUUCCUUCCUGUUCCUUUACUGGUGGACCCACACACCUACCCCCUCGGGCGGAAUGGUUUCUUCCGCCCCGCCCUUUUCCCCCCCCCCCGCCCCGGCUCACCUCAUACCCACCACCUAGGCGUGGGCCCGCCCCUUUCCCUACGCUUGAUUGGCUCUCUGGGCCUGCCCUUCGAGCUCUCCUCUGGAUUGGCCGUUUCGACCGCCGCUCUCCCUUCUCCGCUCAUUCCCUCCCCCUUCUAGUCUCUCCCAGUUCUAGCCUAGCGUACCCCCACGCCCCUUACGUGACGCCGCCGCCGCCGACGCUGCCUCCAUAGACAACCGAGCGGCUCGCCUAACAGGACCUCUUAGUCGUAGCGGUUGCCGUUGGGGCCGUCGCCGCCCUCGCCCUGUGUGGACGGGAGGUGUAGGACUGGCCGGGGCUGCUAUGGUGCUGAGUUUUCCGGUGGAGCCGACCGAGGAGAGGCGGUUGCGGCCAUGAAGGCGGGUGCCACGUCUAUGUGGGCUUCGUGCUGUGGGCUGCUGAAUGAAGUCAUGGGGACUGGCGCGGUAAGAGGCCAACAGUCUGGAUUUGGGGGAGGUACCGGCCCAUUCAGAUUUGCACCCAACACUGACUUUUCCACAUACCCACCAGCAGCUACAGGAGGAGCUAAUAUAGUUUGCAAAGCCUGUGGACUUUCAUUUUCAGUUUUUAGAAAAAAGCAUGUAUGUUGUGACUGCAAGAAAGAUUUUUGUUCUGUCUGUUCAGUCAUACAAGAAAAUUUCCGAAGAUGUUGUACUUGUCACUUGUUACAAGAAACUGCCUUUCAGCGCCCUCAAUUAAUGCGACUGAAAGUCAGAGAUCUGAGGCAGUAUCUCAUUCUCCGGAAUAUACCAAUAGACACUUGUCGAGAGAAAGCAGACUUGGUGGACCUUGUACUGUGCCAUCAUGGCUCUGAGGCGGACAUGGACACGCACAGCCUGAAUUCUUCAAGGUCACAGACUUCUUCCGGCUUUUUCACACAUCCGUUUUUUUCAACAUGCCCAGUCCCUUCUCCAACAGUAUCUUCAUCGCAGGGAGACUUUGCGAACCAAAGAGGAAGCUCAGGCCCUGGAGCACUUUCACAGGGACAAGGUGAAACGGCCUCAACACACACCGAAGAUGAUGAUGAGAAUGCCGAAGAGACCCCUGGACUCUCUAGAAAGCGGAUGAGAGCUUCAUUAUCAGAUCUGUCAAGUCUUGAAGAUGUUGAAGGGAUGAGUGUCCGACAAUUGAAGGAAAUUCUGGCUCGGAAUUUUGUCAACUAUUCUGGCUGCUGUGAAAAGUGGGAGCUCAUAGAGAGAGUCAACAGGCUAUACAAAGAAAAUGAGGAGAAUCAAAAGUCAUAUGGGGACAAGACGCAGCUCAAUGACGAAGAAGAUGACAACCUCUGUCGGAUCUGCAUGGAUGCAGUCAUUGACUGUGUCCUCCUCGAGUGUGGCCACAUGGUCACUUGUACCAAAUGUGGCAAGCGCAUGAGUGAGUGUCCCAUCUGCCGGCAGUAUGUGGUUCGAGCUGUGCAUGUGUUUAAAUCCUAGAAAGUCUCCGACCUGCUAAAUCAGCCCCACAAUUUUAUUUCAAUAAGCAGACAGGAUUUGAAACCAUUACUGUUCAAAGGCUGGACUUUGUUGUUUUGUUUAAUUUCUUUAUUAAUUGUGGAAAGAAAAGUUCAUCUUGCUCAGUUCAAUGUGGAAACACUUCUCCGUGACAUUUCCUUUGGCAGUGUGGGAGGAAGGUUAGGGGUGGAUGAGAACUUCUAGCUUUGUUGAGAUUUUAAAAGGAGUCCAACUGUUGAAGCUUGCCUAUCGCUCUCUUAAGAAUACCCCUCCCCCAAUCACCUUGACAUCAUUUUAACUUGUGCUCAAAGCUGCCCCUCCGACCACCAUCAGGGUCAGGAAGCGGAGCACGGUGCCCUCGGAGCAGUGGUCACACGCUGUUUACCAUUAGUCCAGUGUGUUAAAAUGCUAAUCGCUAAAUGUAAGUUUCCACAUUGUUGCUCUUCAAUAUAAUCGGAGACAAAUACGUAGAAAACUGCCAGAGCCUUAGAAUAAACAUGUCCGUUUAUGUUCUGAUUAAGCAUCAGGAGUAUGCCAUUACAAAGUUUGUGUGUUAAGGACUUUCUUACUAGCCUGUAACAUUAUUUUACAUUCUUGUAGAGUAAAGGUGUUUUUAUUUUGUUUCCCCCUCAUGCUAUCCUGCUAACUCAUUUCAAGUUUAGGAAUAAAUGACACAUUUUAAACAA